CUUCCAAUACCCACUCCAUCCACAAACCGCUCUCAGUCCUCCUUCGCUUUCGCGGACGUGGCCGACGACGGAGGGGGCGACUUCGAUGAUCUGCCUCCCGAGGUAGCGUCAGCCGACAUUUCGAUGGCACCGGACGGCUCCUUUGUCGAAACAUCGUCCGGCACGGUUGCGAGGGAGCUAAAGAAACGUUAUGACCGGCAUCUGGGCGUUGGAAAGUCCGUGCGGUCUCCGUACGCCAUCACCGCCUUUGUCAAUCAGCACGGAAAGCAGAUGUUUCGUGUUGGGAACCGCGAUCUGUCCGCACCCGCAGCCGCAGGUGAGGAGGCACAGAGCGCUCAACAGCAACCGUUGGUUCAUCCUCAAAAAUCGCCGCCAUCGUCCCGCUCUGACCGUCGCUCGACGCGACGUUCUCGCAUGAGCAUGCACUCGUUUUUACCGCCUUCCAUGUUCCCCCUUGUUAAUCGCAGUGGCGACACGGCGGCUAAGGCAUUCGCCAGUGAUGGGCCUCGAUCUCCCCCCACGCGUAAAUUGCGGAAGACCCGUUCGAAUCCGCAGUUAUCGGCGCCUCCUGUGGUCUCGCCGGACUGUCCCCCGGAUAAACCACCUGUUCACACCGGGCGAGCGCAUUCGCAUAGCGUCACUGGCGCCGAUAUGCCUCGACUGCCUUCUGUACUAAUAGAGGUUCAACAGCCGCCACGCGGGGAUGUUUUCUCCGAAGUCAUGCAGUGGACUACUGCCCCCUCCUCCCCGUACAGCAGCUCCGCUUCCUCCUCGCGGAGUCUCCAACAGCUCACAGACGAGAAUGGAAAAUCUGCUACUCCUGCCGUUAUCAUGCAUCCAUUCGGUGUCGGCGUCUCAUUCGACUCGCCCUCUCGAAGACCAGAUUCAACUCUCAUUUUGCCGCAUAUGCUGAGAGAGAUGCAGUCUUUCGAGUCAGGCUUGACGGCACGGGCUGAUCCUAUCUCUAGGGCAAUCAGACCCAGUUUCCUUCCACCACUGGGCCCGCUGUCGACUACACAUACCAUCGACGAACUUCCACCACGGAACGAGGACUCGCCUAUCACCCCGUCUUCACCGAUUCCUGCGUCAUUUAUCUCUCAGCCACCGGCGCCAGAUCCCAGUUAUCUGCCUACGGUCGAGACCCUGAUGCACACAAGGUACUCGACAGAGGUGUUCGAUGUCCUGCAGACUUAUCGUGGGCUGCCCCUUUUGGACAAGAUCUCCUCCGAUUCUAUGGAGACUACCGUGAUCAAGAUGUCGUUGAACGCGAAUAACACAGCCGCCCCUCGGGAUGAUCCUCGCUUUGUUAUAUGGGGUGAUGUUUAUCCCGAUCCCGACGAUUUUCUCGUUGCGCAAAGCAAUCGAACGGAUGCCUCUUCUCGAUCGGGACGAAGGAGCGGAAAGGGGAGAGAUCUCCAAGCAGAAGGCAACCCCGACAUCCACGUCUCUUCUGCUGAAGGCCCGCAGAAGGUGCUGGUCGCUGCGACGAUCGAACGAUGGCUAGCGCAGCUGACGAGCGAGCUGAACUACGACGAACUGUUGAUAUUCUUCUUGACAUAUCGGACAUACAUCAGCGCUGUGGAUUUGUGCCAUUUGUUGAUAUGCCGGUUUCACUGGGCUCUGGGGCAGCCCACCUCCGAUCACGACGAGGUGGUGAGGAGGAUCGUGCGCGUGCGGUCGUUCGUGGCGAUGCGGUAUUGGCUCUUGACAUUUUUCGUCAUCGAUUUCAUGCCAAAUCGGGAUUUGAGGCUGUUGUUGGCUAGUUGGUUGAAUACGCUCAAAAGAGACCCGGUCCUCCAGAAGCAUAAUGAUGCGCCGAGCAUCGUUCGAAAAUUGAUUUCGGUGGUGCGAGAGUGUCAGGAGGUACAUGCCCGGAGAGGCAGGCCGUCGGCUUCUACUGGCUAUUCAAACGGGAGUUCUGCCAGUACAGCCAUUGAAUUGCCUAGAAAGUCGUUAGCGAACGACGACACGGAUCUUGAUCUCGAUUUCUUCACUGAUUAUACAACAUCAUCGACUUUGGCCAAUGGUGGUUUUCCGGCGGCGAAUAACCCGAACAACCUCGCGAUAUUGCAGCCGCACCACCGGGCGAUCCUGCAGCAUCUGCCGUCCACGAGCGCAAUGCCCAGUCUGCCCAUCGCGACGCAGGCGACUCUGCCUGUCCAUCAGAACGCUAUCUCCCGGGCACUCGUGCGGACCAUUGGACGCCUCGGUCGAUGGAAGCGUGUCUUGAAUUCGCGAUCGCACGUGUCUGUCCCCCACGGGACGGUUGAUGACGUGUCCGCUUUUGAUCUCGAGCUCAAUGCUACGGGCGAUCUGCUCACGGUGCGGGGUGGGGUGGAGCAGUAUCUCAAGAUGAUCGAGGCCGCGUCAGUCGAGGCUGAUGACGCGCAACCUCUUGGGGACAUUGCUGAAGGUUCGGAUGAGAGUGCAGACACGAACGGGGUCGUGCCACCUCAACCUGACAGUGAAGACUCGGAGCAAGUGCAUGUAUCGUUCCGGCCAAGUGCCCCAGCACGCCGUUCCACGAGCUCUUCUGGAUCUUCAGACUACGGAGAGCCUAUUUCUCCCGGCCGAUCAGAGCAACCCAUCUUUGCGGAGCGCAACGGCCAGCAACAGGGGUGGUCGAUGGACAUUGCAUCCAUCGACGACCUGGACCAGCUGUCAGACUCCUCCUCGGAGCAUGAACCCACUGCGCCCCCGGGCUUGAUGAAACCCACGCGACGGCUUCCAUUACGCCGCGAUUUCGAAUUUGUCCACCGGAAUCGGGACAGCGUCUCAUCGAUGGGUCUUACCUCGCACGAGUCCAUCAUGUCGGGCCCCACGAGCUCCGUGGCGUCGGAUGCCUCGACGAACGGGGGCUUGGGAAAUACGAUUCAGCAGUGGCAGGUGAACGCGAUCGUGGAUUCCCUCACCGACGACGAAGAGAUGGGGGAUGUCGAGGAUGCGCUUCGACGGCUCGAGGGCCAGAUGAACCCACAAGAGCGGCGUGCGAAAGAGUCCAAGGUGGACAAUUGGAUUAAGACGAUUCGCAACCGGAUGGACACGGGGGAUCACACAGACGAAGCCCCACGCUUUUCAUUAGAAGGCUCGCCUGAGACCGAGACAGAUGAGGUGAGUCUCACGGAUGGGGACGGAAGCGCUUCGGUGGCAGGGUCGUCUAGCUCGGCCCACUCGGACCAGUCUUCCGCGUCCGAGGCCCGCUCGACCAUGGAGGGGGUUACGCCCACGUCAACGCGGCUGAUGAAGGCAGCUCCCGUUCACACUGUAUCGAGCGUCGACGCGAAGCCGUUGGUCGAAGACGUGGUCCCCAUCGAAAUUCUGCGCAGUCGUGUGCCUACCUCGCCAUCCCUGUCAGCCAAGUCCGCGUCGAUAGCCGUGCCAACCGUCCUCCACCUGCCGUCGACGAAGUUCGCUUCCUCACAACCUCGCCUCCACCGCUCCUUCGUGCUAGGAUUUGGCGCAAGCGAGCUGGCACAGCAUUUUUCCAUGAUCGAUCGGGAGCUGUUCCUCGGUGUGAAGUUCGAAGAACUCACGUCGGACAACUGGGUUGGGGGUUACAACGAGGCGGACAUCCUCGAUUGGGGGCAGUUCUUGAAGGACCGCGCCCGGUGGAAGGCCGAAGGGCGGGGCGGGUACAAGACGAGCGCGCUCAUAGCUGCGCGGGGGAGGUUCAACUUGAUAGCCAACUUUGUGUUGUCUGAAGUCGUACUAACACACCCUGCGGAGCGGCCUGCUCUCGUGGGCAAAUUCAUUCGGAUCGCAUGGAAAUGCUACAACUUCAACAACUACAGCACCUUAGUGGCGAUCAUCGCCGGCCUUCGGAGUGAGUGGGUGACGAAGGCGAUGGGCAAGUCGUGGCACCGGGUGAACGUCUACAAUCAGCGGAUGUUCAAGGACCUGACGUCCUUCACGGACGGCGCGAACCAUUUCGUGCACAUACGGAACGCAGUCGCGGCGAUGUCAGAGGUGAAGGCUUCGGCGGCUGGGACAGAAGAUGCGGCCUCGUCUGCGAGAAGUUCCACGCGGAGUAAGGCUGCGUCGGAAAGCAAACCGACGAAGCCCCCCGCGUGUAUUCCUUUCCUUGGAAUCUAUCUCUCGCAGCUGUACCGGUUUAGCAAGCUCCCUGAUCUCAUCGACCCCACGGCGCCGAACGAAGCGGUCGGGAUCGACCCGUCUUCGGGGAACUUUAACGCGCCCGCCCAUCCCGAGGUGUUCGACUCGCUGACGCCGCUGCCGAAUGCGAUGCAGCUCGAGCCGCUGAUCAACGUGCAGAAGCAGCGACUCAUCGCGGGGGCUGUCAAGGACCUCGUCGCGGGGCAGCACCUCGCGAGCAGGGUGCAGUUCAGCAUCGACCGCAAGCUGUUCCAGAGGUGUCUGCGGCUGCGCGGACUCACCCAGGAGACGCUGAGCAGGGCAUACGCCAUGUAUCCUGGCUAAGCGCGCGCCGAAUGUGAUUGUACAAAAUGGGGGUGGGAUCGAAUGCGGGUGUAUGAUGCGCGUGGUGCUUAUAGAUGGCGGUAGGUUUGCAGAAAGGGACUUGGGCUUCGUCGGUCAUCGUCGUAUCUUAAUCUGGCCGUUCCUUUCUCCCCUUAUUUCAAAACCCUUUGGUCAUUUCGUUCCUUUCAUGGGUUGCGGGCGUAAACAAUGGUGGAUAGAAUGUGGAUGUUGUGAGAUAUGAGUAUGAAUUGAACUUAUUACUCUCGUAGUUGAGUCCAUCUUCAUACUGGUUCCGUGCUCCUGGCAUGUUCCAUU